CGCAUACGUAACCACAUGACGUGACCACGGUGAGCGUCAAGGCACCGCAUGUUCAGGAAAAUGGUAAAAGCUGCCGUCGGUCAAAUAUGCUCGACCGCGGACUUGCAUCACAAUCUACGCCAGUGCCAGUCCUUGGUCGAGAAAGCCUCUGCCGCGGGCGCGAGGGCUCUCUUCCUGCCCGAAGCAUCAGACUACAUCGCGUCGUCGGGAUCUGAGUCUGUGUCCCUCGUUCUGCCUGUCGGCAGGUCGCCGUUCGUGCUCGGCCUCCAGGACGCGGCUCGCAGAUCAAAACUUGCCAUCAACGUGGGCAUCCACGAACCGGCCGACGUGGUCGACGGGGUGGCCAAGCGUGUGAAGAACACGUCGAUCUGGAUCGAUCCGUCCGGACAGAUCACCCAGCGAUACCAGAAGCUGCACCUGUUCGACGUGGAGAUCGACGGAGGGCCUAUACUGCGGGAGAGCGACUCGACCCAACCGGGCGACUCUAUUCUCCCACCGUUCGACACGGAGAUCGGCCGUGUAGGCUUGCUGAUAUGCUUCGACCUUCGCUUCCCGGAGCCGUCUCUUGCUUUGCGGAGACAAGGGGCGCAAAUCAUCACGUAUCCGUCUGCCUUCACCGUGCCCACGGGACAGGCGCAUUGGGAGGUCCUGUUGCGAGCCCGGGCGAUUGAGACGCAGAGCUACGUCGUCGCAGCGGCGCAGGCCGGCAGUCACAACGAGAAGAGACGAAGCUACGGUCAUUCGAUCGUUGUGGACCCUUGGGGCACUGUUGUUGCGGAUCUGGGCGGCGAAUGGUCUGGAGAGCCGGUUCUGGCUGUGUUCGACGUCGACUUGGAGAUGCUGGAAAAGAUCCAGACAGAAAUGCCCUUGAAAAGAAGGACAGACGUCUACCCUGAAGUUUAGACCUGGCGCGUACAUAGAUGCUUAGACCACGUAGACCGUUCGUGUACGCCUCCAUCGCUGACGGUUUCCACGUGAGCAUGUACACGGGUGAUGGUUAUAGAUCUUUUGUCCCUUGAUCCGUUGCCUUUCAUCAUCUCUUCCUCCUUGCAAACGUUUUUCUCUGCUUGGUCCAGUGAGCAUCGAC